AUGUCUGACACCGGCAGUGACGAUCGUCGUCCCCCGUUUCCUCCUCGAGCUCCUGUUUCGGGGCCAAAUGAUUUACGACAAGGGGCUUCCGACAAUGAGAAUGCUCGGCCUCCGCCCUCGGGAACCGGUGAUCGCAGUCCUCUGCGGGGUGAGAACAAUCCCGAUGCCAGGACCCCGUUUGCCGGCGUGCCCGUGCAACAUCCCGCGGAAGCUGAUCCAAUUCCGGGGUCAAAGGUCGCCUAUCGAACUCCAUUGGCGCGAGCUGCGGGGAGGGGGCUUUCAGAUUCCGUUGGGGCUCCUUACAUUGAGGAUGGCGAGGUUAUUGUUCCGAAAGAAGGGGGUCAUCAGAACGCGUAUAACGAUGUCGAAAUCGUUCCAAUUACCACAGAAAGUCCAACCGCCCAGGGGUUUCUAAAGUACCUCGAAGCGUGGUCCGAUUUGAAAGCCGCGUCAACCAAGGAGAAGGUCAAGCCGAUUAUAGACCUGUUGAAAACGAAAGGCGAAAUUAUCGGUAGAUUGGCUAAACCAUGCUCAAAUUGUUCGGACAUGCUAAUUACACGAAAGGUCCCAAUUGUAAGGUUCUCGGGUUCUCGUAAAGUGUGGGUCGCCGGCCAGGGCACCUGUAAUCUAUGUGUGGACUCCCGCGUUGGACCUCGGUCCCAGUUGAAACUCUCGAUGGCGCAAUUCUCUGCUCUCUUUCCCCAUCUCGAUUCGGCUUUGGCCCAUUUGGCCGAAGCUGGCCAUCAUCUACAUCAGCCGGCCAAUCGCGAUUUUGAACAUGUGGAUAUUGCGUAUGCUAUGGUGGAAAAAGUAGCUCUAGCCGUUGACGGAGCAAAAAUCCAAGGUGAGGAUAAGCGAGUUCCCGGUCGUGCUUUCGGAGAGUGGUCGUCGUAUUAUCUAGAUGACGAUAUCGCAGUCGGAUCGUGGCAAUUUGAGCCUCCCCGACCGGCCACCAAGAGAACCGUUUCCCCCUUGCCCGCAGGGACUUCGUCUACUCCCAGGGCAAAGAAGGCGAAGACGAGAAAGGGAAAGGCCCGUGAGGAUUCUCCUCACACUGAUGACGAUGGGCUAGUACGAUGGGAGUCUCCCGAAUAG